AUGAGGCAAAACGAUUCAGUUGAAGAGUUUGUUGAUGUUGCAAUUGAAGCAGCUAAGAAAGGUGGAGAGAUAAUUCGCCAUGGAUUCUACAAGAGUAAGCAUGUUGAGCACAAAGGAGUUGUUGAUUUAGUAACAGAGACUGAUAAGGCAUGUGAAGAUUUAAUUUUUAAUCAUCUAAAGCAAUGUUUUCCCAGUCAUAAGUUCAUUGGUGAAGAAACAACUGCUGCUGCUUCUGGAGAUUUUGAGCUGACUGAUGAACCAACUUGGAUAGUUGAUCCACUUGACGGAACGACCAACUUUGUGCACGGGUUUCCUUUUGUUUGUGUAUCUAUCGGUCUCACAAUUGAAAAGAAACCAGUGGUUGGUGUUGUUUACAACCCAAUUAUUGAUGAGAUUUUCACUGCAAUCGAUGGGAGAGGUGCUUUUCUUAACGGGAAGCCUAUUAAAGUAUCUUCAGAGUCUCAACUUAUAAAGGCUCUUGUUGCUACAGAGGUUGGAACAAACAGGGAUAAGGCAAUUGUAGAUGCUACUACAGGGAGAAUCAAUAGAUUGCUUUUCAAGGUUAGGUCCCUCAGGAUGUCUGGUUCUUGUGCAUUAAAUCUAUGUGGAGUGGCGUGUGGAAGGUUUGAUCUCUUCUAUGAAAUUGAAUUUGGUGGUCCUUGGGAUGUCGCAGCUGGUGCUCUCAUAGUCACAGAAGCUGGAGGACUCGUGCUUGAUCCAUCUGGUUCCGAAUUUGACCUCACAGCUCGACGGGUAGCUGCUACAAACGCUCAUCUCAAGGACGCUUUUAUCAACGCCUUGAAUGAAUCAGAAUGAGAAUCAUACC